AUGGCUCCUGUUUGUCGAUGCUGUCGAAAUUUUUGUAAAGAAUUCAGAAUAUUUGCUCUUCGAGGCAAUGUAGUUGAUCUAGCUAUUGGUAUUAUUAUCGGUACAGCAUUUGCGAAUGUAGUUCAAUCGCUUGUCGAUGAUAUUAUUACACCUCCAUUUGGUCUUAUUUUGGGUGGUGUUGAUUUUGUUAAUUUAACAAUUAAAAUGAAAAAUUUUGUUUACAAAGAUCAACCACCUGUUGUUAUUCGUUAUGGAAAAUUUAUUCAAACAAUAAUAUCUUUAUUUCUUAUGGCAUUAGCAUUGUUCUUUGUUAUUAAAGGUAUUAAUAAAUUACAUCGUAUUGCAACUCGAAAAAAACAAAAUGAAGAAAAUAUACAACUUGAAACAAAUGAAGAAGUUAAAGUAUUAUGUGAAAUUCGAGAUUUAUUAGCAAAACAAUCUACAAUUGUAUCUGAUGAACUAAGCAAAAAUGCAUUGAAUAUUGUUCAAUAUGCUAAUUUUAUAAUUCUUAGUUAUCAUCAUGCUUCAAAUAAAUCAAUUCGUAUUGGCAAAAAACAUUGUGCCUGUAAUACUUAUAUAGCUUAUUUACAAAUGUUACGUCUUUGGUAA